AUGAAUUGGCUCGGCCUCCUCGUCCUGCUGACCGUGGCUGGGCUGGCCCACAGCAUACAGAAUACCUGUGGAUGGACCUGCGGGCUCCGACCUAUGGUGUCUGACUCCAUGUCUCAUGACUACGGCAUGACACGCAUUGUGGGUGGCAGAGAUGCCAAGCCAGGAGCCUGGCCCUGGAUCGUCAGCAUCCAGCAUCCCUGGGUACCAGGGAUAGGGCAUUGGUGUGGAGGGUCUCUCAUCGGCACGCAGUGGGUCCUCACAGCGGCCCACUGCUUCGACAAGUUGAAGAAAAUCAGCAUCCUGAAGGUGGUGCUUGGGGCCACUCAGUUGACUCAGCCAGGCCCUGAGGUACAAGUGCGCCAGAUUAAGAACCUGGUUCGUCACAAAAACUAUAAGAGAAGUGAUAUAAGUAAUGACAUUGCCUUACUGGAACUGAACGAGCCUGUCCAGUGCAGCCCCUACAUCCAGCUGGCCUGUGUGGCUGACCCCACCCUAAGAGUCUCAGACCUGCAGAACUGCUGGAUCGCUGGCUGGGGUUCAACCACAGAAGGAGAUGAAGACUCAAGUGAUACACUCCAGGAGGCCAAGGUCCAGCUCAUCAAUGUCCAGCUCUGCAACAGCAGUGACUGGUACACAGGGAAAAUCCACCCCUACAACUUGUGUGCUGGUUACCCACAGGGCCUCAUCGACACCUGCCAGGGUGACAGCGGUGGUCCUCUCAUGUGCCAGGACAACAACGCUGACUACUUUUGGAUUGUGGGAGUGACCAGCUGGGGAAGAGGCUGUGCCAGAGCAAAGCUGCCUGGAGUCUACACCUCCACUCAGUACUUCUAUGACUGGAUCCUGGCCCAGAUGGGGCUGAGCCCAUUUGGAAGUGCCUCUUGA